AGGCUGUGCUGUUGCAGCUGAUCACUUGGAAGUGGUGGAGCAAAUGGUGCUGGGACACCAUGCGGAAGGAUCCGAGCUGCUGACGUCCGGAGCCGGCUCCGGCUGGGUGCGAAGGUGCUUGGAACACAAGGUGGGAUGUCAUGAGUUGCUGCCUUCCGAGAAGAUCUUUAGCAGCUGGGGUCCACCUGAGCCUUGGAGUUGUUGCCGGAAACGACCGGAACAAGUGCAGGCGCAUCCGCGCGAAGCCUGCGUGCUGUGCGGGCUCUUGGCUCUGAUUGCUGCGUGGAGCAUGUCCUUUUCGGGCAAGAAGUUCUCGACGCCACGAGGGGAUGCUGAUGACUGCCGACUUCUCUGCUUCAUAGCUUUCUCCUGCACUUUGAUAGGCAGCUGCUGCUUCUUCACCGCCGUCUGCCGCUCCCCCGGCGCCUGCCUUGUUCAGCUUGGCCGCGCCGAGCGGCGACGCGGCUACGAAGAAGCCCUGCGGCAUGCGGCAGCGAUUACGUGGACCUCGCCCGAGGAAGCCUUCAAUUGGUGGGGCACCAAGGGCACCGUGAUCCACGAGCUACAAAUGCUGGGCCCUGAGAGGUCCAAGUUCUGCACAGCGAGGCGGCAAUGUGUGCCGAUGUUUGACCACUACUGUGCUUUCCUGAGAAACUCCGUAGGACCAGGCAACUACGGGGCCUUCUUCGGCUGUGUCUCCUCCGCCUUCCUCUGCUGUGUCUCCUUGGUGCUGGCUGCAGCUCAACAGGGGCGGACAGGAAUUUUGUGCUUCUUCGCGAUGCUUGCGUUGCUUGUGGGAGCUGUGUUGCUCUUCCAUUUGGCACUUGCUGCCUUUGCUUUGACCACUUGGGAGAUGCUUCAGAUCAGCCGGGGGAGGCCCUUGCCUUAUCUACUGGAUGAGAAGGGUGAGUAUCGCAACCCCUACGACCGAGGAUUUCUGCGAAACCUGAAAGCCCGUGUCUUUGGUGAACUCCAAACGGGUCUGGAAGAUCUCAACGCGCUCUCCGUGUGAGAUGGCAAAAUCGGGGCUUUCCGCUGUCGGUGGG